AGAAUAACUAUAAAUUCCUUUUCGGUGCUUAAAUUAGUUACGAGACUCCACAGGCCACUGGGGCGGAGGAAAUGUAUCAAUGCUAUGAUCCAAUGAAGAAUACUCCAAUAAAACAGCCCUGCCAGCUUUGUGCAAAACCACUCUUGUUUAAUUUCAAAACCGCCUUUCUACAAACAAAAUCGCCUAAAUUCGCUCGCUCAGGCAAGCAAACAGUAAUAUUGUGUUCUAGUUUACCCAAGGCCGCGAUGUCGGAUCUGGUUCUGAAGCCGAACGUCAUGCCAGCGCUGGUGGUUGUAGGCUCUGCCAAUGCCGACAUAUAUGUGGAAGUGGACAGAAUUCCGAGAGAAGGAGAGACAAUUGCUGCUCGGACGGGGCAGACGCUGGCAGGCGGGAAGGGCGCCAAUCAGGCCGCCUGCGCCGCCAGGCUGGCUUAUCCUACCUAUUUCAUCGGCCAGGUAGGAAAAGAUGCACAUGGAAUGUUGAUCAGAGAUUGUCUAGCUUCCUGUGGAGUUCGUCUGGACCAUCUCAACACUGUAUCAGUCCCCACUGGCCAUGCUGUUGUUAUGCUGCAGCCUAGUGGACAAAACUCAAUUAUUAUCGUUGGUGGUGCCAAUGUUUCCUGGCCAAGGCUAGAAGACGGUAUGGGUCGCCUUUCCACAAAUGCUCAGCAUCAGAUACGCCGAGCAGGAGCAAUUCUUUUGCAGAGGGAAAUUCCUGAUAGCGUGAAUAUUGAAGUUGCAAAGAUUGCGAAAAGUGCAAAUGUUCCUGUUAUUCUUGAUGCAGGAGGCAUGGAUGAUCCUAUUCCUGAUGACCUCCUUAAGUCAAUUACCAUUCUAAGUCCAAAUGAAACUGAGCUACUCCGAUUGACAGGAAUGCCUACUGAUACUGUUGAUCAGGUUGUUGAGGCUGCUACGAAAUUUCACGAAAGGGGUGUUAAUCAAGUUCUUGUGAAACGGGGAGAGCAGGGGUCAAUCCUUGUGAGUAAAGACGCUCCUCCAAUAAUACAACCUGCAAUCCUUGCUCCUGUGGUACUAGACACAACAGGAGCAGGGGAUACUUUUACUGCUGCAUUUUCUAUUGGUCUAUUGGAAAAGAAGUCGCCAUCAGACAGUCUCAAGUUUGCAGCUGCAGCGGCAUCUUUAUGUGUUCAGAUCAAAGGCGCCAUUCCUAGUAUGCCUCAUAGAUCGGCAGUAUUACAACUUCUGCAGGAUGAAGGCAUUUAACUCUUUUGUAAGGCUCGAAGUCCACAUGUUUUACAUGGGGUUUCUUCAUUUACAUCCAUUACAUGCCCCCAUAUGUAUAAGCUUUUAUGCAAUCUGAGAAGAGAGGAUUUUGGAGAUCCAUGUUUUACAAUCUCUGUAAUUUUCAACGUAUCAAAAUAUUUUUACUGCCAGCAAAUAAUGUUCACUGUCUAUCUUUGAUAUUUCCCGCUGGGCUGCAGUUAACUUUGUGUGCUUAAGGCAACAAUCGAAGUUGAAAUUUUGUUACUUAAAUGUGGAGUUGAGCUCCACUUGUAUAUUCUCUUUGGAGUGUUAUAAUAUGCUGGUUUGUCAGGAUA